CUCGCCAACGUUCUCGGCUCUAACCGUCUGCGACCACCAUGGUCAGCAAGAUGCAUCCUCCAGACCUGCCGAUGUCUAUAGCGGCGGAAAAGACAGCGCCGCGCCCUCGCUCGCACAGACUACUGUAUGCGCUGUGCGCCUUAAUCGUGACCGUGGCACUCCUCGCGGCCGACGCGUACAUUCAAACUGCCAGCAGUGCCGACGCCUCUCGUGUUCAUCACGUCCCUUUUAAUGCUGCGCAGAUCCUAAGCCAGUGUGCUGCUUUGCGACAAACGCCUGGGCCCCCGGAGGGCUUCCUCGAGAGGGAUAGUUCAGACAGAUUCGAGCCCGGAACCAAACCCACGCUCAUCAAAAACGCUGCGAUAUGGACUGGAGCAAGAAACGGCGCCGAAAUCGUGUAUGGAGACAUAUACAUUGACAAGGGCGUUGUGAAGCGCAUUGGGUAUAUCCCUGACAGCGUGUACGCGAAAGCCGACGACGUGCAGGUCGUUGACGCGCAGGGCUCAUGGGUGACACCUGGCUUAGUCGACCUCCAUUCGCAUGUUGGGUUGUUCAGUAUACCAUUUAUGAGGGGAGCCUAUGACGUUAACUCAGCGCAUGGUCCCGUCGUGCCGUGGCUGCGAAGUAUCGACGCGUUCGAUACUCACGAUGAGGCGUUCAAGCUGGCGAUAGCAGGAGGAGUGACGUCCGUGCAGGUUCUUCCCGGAAGUGGCAAUGCCAUUGGUGGACAAGCAUUCAUGUUCAAAUUGCGUAAAACCCUCGACAAAUCCCCCUCGUCUAUGAUUCUUGAACCACCGCACAACCUCGGCAUCAACAACAGCGAGCCUGAGUCAUCAGAGCCAUUGCGCUGGCGACACAUGAAGCAGGCCUGUGGUGAGAAUCUCAUACGGUAUGGUAACCGCAUGGACACCGCCUGGUCCUUCCGUUCCGCAUACAAUGAGGCACGAAAAAUUAAGGUCACUCAGGAUAUGUUUUGCGCAAAGGCAGAGGCAGGUUUGUGGGAUGAAAUCAAGGGCCAGGAGUACCCAGAGAACCUUCAGUGGGAGAUGUUGGUGGAUGUACUGAGGGGUCGCGUCAAGAUUUCAAACCAUUGUUAUGAGGAGGUGGAUCUUGAUGACAUUGUACGGCUUACAAACGAGUUUCAAUUCCCGAUUGCUUCCUUCCACCAUGCCUCGGAGGCUUGGCUUGUGCCGGAUGUCCUGAAGCGAACAUGGGGAGGAACGCCUGCAGUUUCUGUGUUUGCCACGAGUGCUAGAUAUAAGCGCGAGGCAUACAGAUCAUCACCAUUUGCGGCGCGCGUGCUCGCUGAUAACGGCAUUCCUGUAGUCAUGAAGUCUGAUCACCCAAUACUGAACAGUCGUUAUCUCCUCUAUGAGGCCCAGCAAGCUCAUUACUACGGCCUCUCCCCGAACGUAGCGCUUGCGUCCGUAACCGUCACACCUGCCACUGCCGCAGGAAUGGAGCAUCGUAUCGGGAUCUUGCAUGAAGGUGCCGAUGCCGACGUUGUGCUGUGGGACUCGCAUCCUCUCCAGCUUGGUGCCACCCCGCGCAAGGUCUGGAUUGACGGGAUCUUGCAGGUGGGCUUCGAAGAGGAAAACAUCAUCAUCGGCAAAGACAAGGACACGCCGGAAUUCCGUGAGCUUCCCCAGGUCCCCAACUGGGAUAAGGAACGCGAAGAAGCGAUAAAAUGGGAGGGGCUUCCGCCGCUCAUGCCCGUGAGGGAAAAAGGACGGGUAGCUUUCCGGAAUGUGAGAGAAAUUUGGAAGCGCGAUGAGGACCAUGGCAUCAAGCCGUUGACCAACGAGGAGGAGCUGGUCGACGUUGUGGUAGAUCGUGGGCAAGUGACAUGUGUUGGCAAACACUGCUUGGGCGGCAUCAAUGCGAAAUAUGUGAUUGAUCUGCAAGGGGGCUCCAUUUCGCCAAGCUUCAUGUCAUUUGGCUCGACGCUGGGUGUUGAAGAGAUCUCCGCUGAGCCGUCUACGGGUGAUGGCGCCUUAUACAAUCCCCUUCUGAGUGACCUGCCUGAGAUCCUGGGUGACCGUGGAGGACUGGUUCGGGCUGCUGAUGCGUUGCAGUUCGGGACAAGAAAUGCUCUGAUUGCCCACCGUGCUGGUGUCACCUACGCAACGACACUCCCUGGUUCGACUGGAUUUUCUUCAAUCAUCGCUGGGCUGUCUGUUACAUACCGCACUGGCGCGUCACAUGCUCUGGAACGCGGAGCCAUAGUCAAGGAAGUGACCGCUCUGCACGUCGUAAUCGAGCGGUCGGCGCCAUUCUCCAGUGGAGGCGCGGUGAGCGUCAGCACGCAGAUUGCUACCUUGAGGCGGCUCCUGCAGAAUGGAGAGCCGGAGGGCACUGAGACAGGAUACUGGUUUAGGCAGGCUGCCAAGGGAUCUAUUCCACUGGUCGUUGAAGUCAGCAGUGCCGACAUCAUGGCCACGUUGCUGAAGCUUAAGGAGGACAUCCAUCAGGACCGAGGCUCCGUCAUAAAAAUGGUGUUCUUCCGCGCAACGGAGGCACACCUCAUCGCCAACGAGAUCGCCAAGGCCAAAGUGGGUGUAAUUCUGGAACCAGCGAGACCAUUCCCUCAAACUUGGGAUGAACGCCGAAUCUUGGCUGGUCCCCCUCUCACAAACGAUACCGCACUGAUAACUCUCACGCGGGCGGGGGUGAUCGUAGGCGUCGGUGUCCGCGAACCUUGGGAACCUGCCAAUACUCGCUUUGACAUUGCAUGGGCUGCACUGGAGACGAAUGGCCGCAUGACUCCACGGCAAGCGCAUGCCCUCGCGUCCACGAACCUGGAGGCCAUUCUCGGUGUCGAUGGCUGGUUGGACGGGGAACUAGUCGCAUAUACCGGAGGUAGCGCAUUGGAAUUCACGAGCAAACCUGUCGCAGUAAUAUCCGCAGGAAGACGCCUUGUCGACGUGUUGUAAGGAAUGUCCCACGAGAUCGUGUUGUAUGCUCUAUAUACGGGUCUGGA